UGACCCUUUUGAGGCCACAUGAAUGGGCUACCACAAUGUUCAAAGAAUGAAGUGGCGUCAAACAAAGACUGUUAUUCGGUUUGCCAGGUUCGUCGAGCUAGAGAAUAGUGCCAUGUAACAUUCUACUGAGAAUGAAUUUCAGCCUAGGUUCAGUUACCAUUUUAUGGAGUCAGUCCUCAACUCUCUAGCUAGAGCAUCUACCAGUAGCACAGUAGGCAUGUUCCCUCUGACUGCUGCUCUAGGUUCCACAGUCUCAGUUAGCCUUCACCUGCUGAGUCUGUAUCUCCAGUUAUCCCAGGGUUAUCUUACAGCUAGUCUUAGGGAUAAUUUUAGUUUAAGGCUGGGGUCAGGUUAGAGUCAGCUAGGCUAGGCUAGGUUUAUGAUUUGUGUUUUCUUGAUGUUAGGGUUAGGUCAGGUAUAUUUAGUUUAGGAUCAGAGUUAAUGAAACUAUCAUUACUGCAAGCAAACCCUUUCUACAUACAGUGCAAUACAGUUAAUGAUCAAAGGGGGAAAAAGGUAAACUGAACAAAAAGAGAGAAAUAAUUAUUAAUUUGUAAUAGGUUUUUUUAGGUUAAGUUCAGCUUCACAUUCCAGGACAAAUAAAGUUUCCACCAUAUCUGUGAAAACAUCCCUCAUUACUGAGGAACAUCAGUUAUUCUGUUUUUCAUGCAGUUCACACAGGGCACUGUCAUAGUAAAACAAACAAAGAAAUAAAUAAAACUUGACUUUCAGAUUAAAAUUAUGUAGUAUGGUAAAGGUAUAGUAUCAUGCCUGAAGAUAUUUUUUAUGAUAUAUAUAUCUGAAGUUUGCAAUCAAGUUAUAACAGACAUGAUGGACUUCCAAAACAGCUGUAUCACACUUGACAAAGGCUAUGAAAAAGGUUAGCAUUGAGGUAAUGGUUAGAGUUUUGGCAAGCACUAAGGGCUAUGGUUACAAAUUGUAGAGGAUAUUGAAACAGUAACAACUGUAAUCUGUAAUACGGCCUUCUUUCAAGGCCCCUGCUCUGGAUCAAAUGUGGCAAUUUCAGGAACAUUGCAUUCUGUUUUAGAGAAUUACACUAUGAGUGCUAAGCACGCUUUGACAUUCUUGUAGAACCCAAAUGUAAUCUGAUUUUUGUAAGUAGUUUAGAACAAGUAGUUAAUAUCGUAAGUCAAAUAUUCACUUCCACUUAAUUUUCAAAUAUUCUUUGGUAUCUGACAAAUAAACUUUGCUUAAUCAUGGUAACAAAGCUACUCUAAUAAAGCACCUGUCUGUAUCUUUGUGUAUCUAUAUAUCUCUUAGAGGUUUAUCCUAACAAGGGAUGCUCUAAAGAAACACCCAUCAGUAUGAGAAAUGAGGUAGUAACAGCACUUCUUAUGCUGUAAAGGUAAACCGAGAGGCGAUUAUCGCUAGUAUUGAUAUUUAUUAUAAAAGCGCUCCCUCGUGUGGUGUACCUGAGUAGCCGUGCGUUCUAACCGCUCACCUUCAAGCGCUCAAGUCAAGCUUGAGUGAACGUUAGUUACGCCAAUAAUAGCAGGGAUCGUGACGUUUGAUGAAUGCCACAGCCAAUAACAACUCACAUCGCAGAAAUGGGCGGGCUUCCAGCCAUUACGGACGCAAGCGUUGUUGUUGGAAGAAGAAGUCGAUUCAAGAAGCCAUUACGUUGCGCAGUUCAAUCAAGAAAAACUUACUAUUUUUACGUAUUCUACGCAAUUUUAGACUUUUCUCAAGUCCUAUUUAAAAUACAAUGGCAUCCCAGGCCAAAAAGAGAAAAAUGAAUUUCUCGGAAAGAGAAGUUGAAAUAAUCGUGGAGGAGAUGGAAAAGCAAAAACACAUUUUGGUGAACCACUUCAACGCCGGCGUCACGCACAUCACUAAGAACAACGCGUGGACAGAGAUCCUGAAACGCGUCAACGCAGUCACCAACUGCCAGCGCGAAUUGGCCGAGGUGAAAAAGAAAUGGUCCGAUUUAAAGACCGAGGUGCGUCGGAAGGUGGCCCAGGCCCGUGCGGCGAUGGAAGGCACCGGGGACUGCGCCACGGUUCCCGUCAUCCUUACCGCCAUGCAGCAGCGAAUCUGCAACCUGCUGGGAGAGGCUACCAUCAUCAGCCUGUCCGCCGGGGAGGCUGGCGAGGCUGGAGCGGAGAUCGCGGUGCCCGUACCCAUUAGCGCGGCCACCACGGUCACACUGGCGCAGAGUAUUCAGUCAGCACCUGGUACAACUUGUGAAAUAAAAACUCUAGAAGCAGCAGAGACCACCUACCACACGCUCGAAGAGGGGAUGGUGGAAUACUGCACCACGGAGACCCCCGUCACCGUGACAACGGAAGCGCCCGUGGAGAUGUUGGCGGCGCAGCCAGAGUGCUCGGUGAAACCGCAGGAGCUGAAGAGCCGCAUCGCCCUCAACUCGGCCAAGCUUCUGCAGGAGCAGCGCAUCACAAACCUGCACGUGCGCGAGAUCGCCCAGCACCUGGAGAACCAGAAUGACCUACUCCAGAUGAUCCGCCGCUCGCAGGAGGCCCAGGCCUGCGCCCAAGAGAGACAGGCUCAAGCCCUGGAGGGCACGCAGGCCGCCCUGCUGGCCCUCAUCCAGAUGUUCAGGCCUGCACUGAAAGACUUGAGGAAGUUCCUGCAAAAUGCGAACAGCGCGAGCAUGGGGGUCACUGCAGAGACUGGGGAAGGGGCGGCCAGUGUGCCACAGCAAGCCGAAGAUGGGCAGUAGGCCCAGUAAGGGGAGUGGACGGAGUGAGUCUGUGUCUAGGUUUGCUGGAGUAUGAAGAGUGUGGAAGAAAUUGUUGUAAAUUAUGCUGUCCCUAAGAUUAUACUGUAUGUUAUGCAAGUACAUAGUGCCUCAAACGGUUUGUGUCUGUGUGGACAGGUGUGGACGUAUGUGUGGAUGUGUAAUGAAUUUAGUUUGUUGUUGUUUUAAGUAUAAUUUUAUGCAAGUGGCCAAGGUGCAUUCAAUUUCAAACUACCACUUUGCAAACAAUGCGCAUUUUAUUGUUUUUCAGCAUGAUUUGUUUAGUUUAUUCCACGAUGUGGUCAAAGUUACAUAUGUCAUCAUUUAUUUUGCCUGACAAUAAGCUGCCUAUAGUUUGUAAUGGCGUCUGCCAUUACAUGUUAACAGACAAGAUAAAAAGUGAAAUAAACUGGUGACUUCAGUUUA